AUGGACGAGUUUAUUCGACAAGUGACUCAUGAUAAUGAACUAUUCGAAAAACAAUGGCCUAACAUAUAUGAUCGAUUACGAAAAAUGUUCAAUGAAUAUGAAGAGAAACAUACUGAUAUUUCAAAUUUCAAGAUUAAAGUUUUAGAUGCUCUCGUCGAUUAUGCACUUGCAGAAUCGACCAAUGAUAGCGAACCGCUCUAUGUUAAAGUUGUGUUUAUUGAGCAUACUGUAAAACUAUUAGUCAAUGAUCCAUUACCAUCAUUGACUGAUCUUGUACGUAUCUUGCGACGUAUUCUCGAUGCAAACAAUAUAUUUCAUAAGUGGCAUCUAGCCUGCAUUAAAACGUUCUAUUAUGAAUUUCAAUUUGGUAAACGUUUAUCAUCGACAAAAUCAAUUGAUUUGAUCGAAUUAAUUUUUCAAAGUUUUCAAAAGCAUUCAUUUUUAAAUGAACAAGUAGAUAAACAGACACAAGAGCAAUGGCAAAAUUUUUUAUCUAGGCAAAUGUUCUCUUCAUUGUCAAUGGAUAAUAAUGUAUUAAAUCGAGAAGAAACAAUGUUGGCCAUGAGAUCUGCCUAUCAACAAUUGUUCAGGUAUGCUGCUCGUAUGUCUGGUCAAUCAAAGGUCUGGUCAGGUGUUGUAUCAACACUGACGCGAACAUUACCAACAUUAUUCGAUGAGUAUUCAAAUCCAAGUGAUGCUAAAGCCGAUCUAGUAGAAUGUGUUAAACAACCAAUUUCAACUGACUUUAUCGAUUUACUUGUUAAAUCUUAUAAAAAAAGUGUUCAUCUAUUCAAAAUGAAUUCAUCGGAAAUGCCAACUGUGAUUGAAAAGCUUCUAUUAAUGGAUCAGAUGAGAAAAGCUCGUGAUUUUAUCGAAGACAUAAUUGUUGCCCAUUUUGAUUCGGCAAUCGAUAUUAUAGAUCCUUUAAUUCAUAUGUUUAUACGUACAUGUCCAAUGGUAAAUAUCAAUAGUCGAAAUGAAUUAUGUAAACAAGUUAUAUCACAUCUAGUACAUAAAUUGGGCAAAGUUAAAUGUAACAAAAAAUUUGCACCACUCUUUUUUGAUUUUGUUCUUGUCAUACUCGAUUUACAUGUACUGGAAGCACCUAAAUGUGCUUACGAUUUACUUGAGAAAGCUGACUUCUAUCCAUGGAAAGAAUUAGCACCGAAAUUCAAAGAUCUUGUUCGAUUAUGUGCUGCCUACGAUACAGUAAAUGUAACAAGUUAUUUUAGUGAUCUUGAUAAACUCGAAGAUAUUCUUAAAAUAGUCGUCGACAGAGCUAAAGUUAAUACCAUCAUUUUUCGAUCAACACAUGAUGAAGCUCUACAAGCUAUACUUCGUUGGUCAGCGACACCGGUCGAGAAUGGUAACAAAAAACCAUGGCUUACACAUGUUUACAGAAUGGGACAACCGAUGAUAGGACUCAUCGAUCAAAAACAAGUUACUGCCGAAAUUUGUUCUCAAUUCAUUAAAGCACUCGAACAGAGAAUUAUUGAUAAUGAGGAUGAUGAUGAUAAUCAAGAAACAACAAGUCCAAUGAUGACAUCAUUUUUCAUUAGCUUAGCAACACAGUUAGGAAAGUAUAUUGAAGUUCUUAAAAAUUUUCCACACGAAGCUCAUCGUCAAUUGGCUUCAUUUAUUCUAAUUGCACUCCAACGUCCAUAUCAAAAAGAAAAUGGACAAAUGUCAUUCGAACAUAUUAUAACAAUGAUUAUUUGGUUUAAACUUGCACAAUGUCUCACGAAUGAGGCUGAUUUUCGUCUUUAUGAAUCAUGCAUUAAAAAAAUACAUUCGUUGGCAUGUGAUAACGAUGAGAAAACAUUUUUUGAUUGGUGGAAUACAUUUUGGAGUAUUGUCGGUAUGAAACUACCUGAUGUGGCUGCCGAUUAUGUUGAAGAUUUUCUAAACGAUUUGCUUGAUCGAAAACAAGUCAAUAUGAUUGGUCUACUGCCAACACUUUAUCCUAAACGUCCUGAACCAUAUCAUGCUCGACUAGAUGAAUUAAUCAAUAGUAUGUUUUCUGGCGAUAUAUCAUACGUAUCAUCACUAGGAAAUAUCUUUUACAUCAUUGCCAAAGAACAUCCUGAAUUAGUUACAGAAGAUCAAGUCAAUAAUAUAUUCGUUUCACUCAACGAUCAUAGCGGUACUUCACUAGGACUUCAUCAAGUUUUUCAAGGACUGGGCUUUGUGGCAAAUGCACAACCUCACCUAUUUCACAAACAUCAUACUGCACUCUUGCGUUUCAUUGUUGAACUACAGAAUAUAUCAGCUUUUAUUUGUCUUCAACAAUAUUUUGUUGCAUCGACUAUUGUUGAUGGUGAACAACAAGCCAAUGAGUCUCUUACAUUUCUCAUUGAUCUUCUAAAACGUGGUUCUGCAAUUACAAAUGAUAUUCGAAAACUAAUCUUUCACACAUGUCAAUUAGUCGGUGUAAUAAAUAAGCAAGCACUCGAAAGUAAAAGAACAGAUUUAGAAGCAUUCAAUUCGUUUCCAGAAUGCCGUACAUUGAUUGAUUUUAUUGAUGGAAAAAAAAUGAGUGAAGAAAAUCAAGCUGCAAUAAAUCAAACACGUGAAGAAAUCGUACAAAUGGAAAAACGUGUCGUCAAAACUGAGAAAGACGUGCAUAAUAUAACAAAUGUUGUAAAACGACAAGAACUGAAUGUAACCAAUCUUGGUGCACGUGUCGAUUCGGUUGAUACACGUUUAAAUGAUGUCACCGAACAAGUACAGACACAGGCACGAGAAAUCGAACGUAUCGAUGCCAAAACAUUAAGCUAUGUACCAGCAGAAUGGGGUCGUCAAGUAACUAAAUUAUUAAAUCAUCGAGCAGAUAACGAUUGGCGUUUACUUGGUAAACGUUUCGGUUAUUCGACUAGUGAAUUACGACAUUGGGCUCUUCAAGCUGAUCCAUCUAUGAAUUUAUUGAACGAAUGGUUCAUGACACACAAAACUGAUGAAGCAACCUAUGGACUUGUCAAGAUGUUGGAUGAAAUCGGUCGACAAGAUGUUACAACAAUUAUUCGUGAAGCCGUUUCAGCAGCCGGCCAACUCAUUCCUGAUGAUAUGCCUAUUGAAAUUAAACGUCUUCCGCCUGUCUUUCUUUCAUAUCAAUGGGGAACUCAAAAGGCCGUCUUAACACUCAAGACUCAUCUUGAAGAAGCCGGUUAUGCAUGUUGGAUGGACAUUGGACAGAUGGGUGGUGGUGAUAAAUUGUUUGCUAAAAUUGAUGCUGGUAUUCGGGGAGCAAAAGUUGUCAUCUGUUGCAUGAAUUCAGCGUAUAGUGAAUCAGAUAAUUGUUUACGUGAGGUUCAUUUAUGUAUCAGUACAGGCAAACCAAUAAUUCCUUUACAAAUGGAAAAACAAACGUGGCCACCUGAAGGUGCUCUCGGUCCAAUCAUGAGUGAAUAUUUAUACAUUAGAUUUUAUGAUCGUAAAUCGAAUUCGGACAACUAUUGGCCUGCAGAUCGAUUUACUGAACUUCUCGGUCAAAUCCGCUAUCAUGUAGCACCAGAUCCAGAUAUGAUCAGUGAACGAUAUAGCAAUUGGUUUGUACCACGUGUCGAUAAUUUAAUCUUUCUUCAGCCAACAUCCAAUGACAAUAAGAAUAAACAAGUUGAAUUGAAAGAUGGUACUCCGCUCGUUGUCAUUCAUCCACAAGUAAUGAUUUCAUAUCAAUGGGAUCGUCAAACUGAUAUUGUUGCUCUCUAUAAACGAUUGACACAAUUGGGCUAUCGUUGUUGGCUUGAUAUAUUUCAAAUGGGUGGUGGAGAUUCUCUAUUUGAAAAGAUCGAUGCUGGAAUUCGUAAUGCCAAAUGUGUACUUGCUUGUGUCACUCCAAAAUAUACGAAAUCAAUCAAUUGUCGACGAGAAAUGUCAUUGGCCGAUGCACUUACUAAACCGAUUGUUCCAUUGUUACUUGAAGAUACAAGUACGUGGCCACCAGCAGGUCCCAUGGCACUCGUCUUUACUGACAAACCCUACAUUGAUUUUCGUCAUCAGAAUGAAAACAUUCAAGAUGGUCGAGAUAUAUGGUCAUUGAAAGAAUUCGAACAAGUACUUGCUCGAUUGAAAAUAGCUGUUCCCGAAGUUCAAACAGAAAAGCCCCGAAAACAUUUACUCGAUAUGAAACGGCCAACAACAGCCUUAGGACAAGCUGAACAUAAGAAACGACCAGUACGUAUUCGAAGUGCACCAAGUGUUCCACAAAGUCGAGCAUGUUCUCUUAUGUAA